AUGAACGAGACGGCAUGGUUGGAUAGGGUCUUCUCGAAUACAUCACUGGGUCAUCGGUUAUUGGAACGCCUGACUCUGACAAACCUCCGUCACGCUUUCUACCUGAUAUCCCCUUAUGAGACUACUGUAGAACGAGUAGAAGACGUGCCGAACUACAAUGCAGAGGUGUCCGCGUGGUGGUUGGUAUUCCUUACUGCUGAAUUCUUCAUUCUGUUUAUAUCUGGACAUGAGGAUAGAUUCGCACUGAAUGACUCAAUUACGUCGAUAUGUGCUGGAAUGUUGAGUCAGUGUUUCAAAUUUGGAGGGAGAGCCGUUGCGAUAUUUCUCUAUGUCAUCGUAUGGGAUAACUGGAGAUUAUUAGAGCUACCAUGGGAUUCACCAUGGGUUUGGAUAUUCUGUCUGUUUUUCCAGGACUUUAUGUAUUAUCUGGGACAUCGAGCUGUUCAUGAAGCCGGUUUCUUCUGGGGUCUGCACACCAUCCACCACAGCUCCGAAUACUACAACUUCUCGACUGCACUCCGUCAAGCAGCUAUUCAAGAUGCAGGGUUGGCUAUCUAUGAUUGCUUACAAGCCUUCUUCAUCCCACCGCCUAUCUUCUUGGUUCAUCGCUACUUUUCGGAAAUUUUCCAGUUCAUCAUGCAUACCUCGUUAGUGGACUCUAUGGGACCACUCGGAUUAGUUUUCAACACCCCAUCCCAUCAUCGAGUACAUCAUGGAAGGAAUCCAUAUUGUAUCGAUAGAAAUUAUGGAGGUGUUUUCAUUAUUUGGGAUAAGAUGUUCAACACAUUCGAAGCCGAACGUCCAGAGGAUCCUCCAAUCUAUGGACUGAUCACAAAUGAAAACUCUUUCAAUCAAAUCUACCUCCAAUUCCACACUCUCUGGGACCUCCUUCUAUUCAAAGGAUUCACAAAAGACAAGAAAGGAGAACCUCUUUUCCCGGGAGUCGUCAAUAAAAUCAAAGCAGCCGUCUAUCCUCCUGGAUGGUUCCCUGGUGUUCCUAUCACUCCAUUUUUCCAUUGGAUGUCGAUGGUCGACCCGGCUUAUAAAGUUCCAGAGCCAAGUAAACCAGUUGUCAAGUACUCACCUCCUGUAAGAAUCAUUGUGAAAAUCUAUGUUGCUGUCUCGUUUAUUCUCUUGCUGGCGAUUUUCUUCCAUUUCGAAUUCGAUAGAAUUCAUUUGAGUUAUUUGGAAUGUUCGGUGAAGAUUGCGUACUUUGUGGUGACGAUGCAAUCUUUCGGAGCGUUUUUUGAUAUGAAAUGGUACGCUCGGUACAUUGAAAUUGCCCGGUGUUGCGGUGUCCUCGGCUACUACGCCUUCUUGAUGUUCGACCACAUCGGUGCAGGAACCCAUCGCCUCUUUGUCAUUUCAUUACACGUUAUGGCUAUAUUGUUAUGGACAACUGAUAUUAUUGUGGAGAAGCUCUCCGUAUGCUGUUGCUCAAAACAUCAAAUCAGUCCGAAAGGAGAGGAAAUUGGAGACUUGGAACGGGCGAAUGAAGUGAAGACGAUCUCGAAAAAUGUUAAGUAA